AUGUGUGUAAAUAUAAGCACACCUCUGAGCAUGCUUACACAGAUAAUCUAGUGGUAGAAUAGCGACACUACACAUAAAAAGCAUUUAAGAGUGUCACAGUAAGCAUUAAGCAAUCCACAUAUGUCCUGUGUUUCCUUUAGUUAAAAAACACUCAAUUUAUAAUUUGUCUAGUUUUAAACACGAUGCUUAAUUGGUGUCAAACCCUAUAAAAGACAGCUGUGAAAUAUGUUUGUCUCAGUGCAAUGGCUUAUCUUGCAUUAUUGGAAGACUUGGCAAACAAUGCGCUCCGCAGAGAGCGCGUUUUCCAAGAUCGCGCUGAUCUGCUUGGCGAGAGCACAGAGUGGCUUCUAAGUAGGUACCGCUUUCCCAAAAAUGUACUGCUGGAUUUGUGUCGUGAUUUAGGACCAGUGUUGGAGAGAGAAACAAAUCGCACGAAAGCCAUUCCCGUGCACAUCCAACUCCUGUCCACCCUUGGGUUUUUAGCUACUGGCACAUUUCAGCGUGAGGUUGGAGACAUAUGUGGUAUAUCCCAGCCAUCAGUGAGUAGGAUCAUGCCGGCAGUGUUGGAUGCAAUUAUUUCCUUGGCCCCAACCUACAUCCAGUUCCCUUAUCGAAAUCCUCAACAAGCCGCAAUAAAACGGGACUUUCAUGCUAUUGCAAGAUUCCCAAACAUAAUUGGAGCCAUAGACUGCACCCACAUCGCCAUAAAAGCACCAUCAACCAACGAAUUUAAUUAUGUAAAUAGAAAAGGGUUUCAUUCUGUUAACGUGCAAAUAAUUUGUGAUGCAAAUUUGUUGUUAUUAAACGUCGUUGCGCGGUGGCCUGGAGGAACACACGACUCGUUCAUUCUGCAGAAUAGCUCUGUGGGUGUGCGUCUCCAAGAAGGCGCUGUUGAGGAUGGCUGGCUCAUUGGUGAUCAAGGUUACCCGCUAAAGCCAUGGCUAAUGACCCCCCUAACCAACCCGAGGACCGAGCAGGAACAGGCUUACAACCGUGCCCAUGCGCGCUCAAGGAGCACAGUUGAGCGCGCAAUAGGCCUGCUGAAAGGACGAUGGCUGUGUCUGUCAAGCAUGGGAGGGACACUGCAGUAUCAGCCAGAAAAAGCGUGCAAAAUCAUCAUGGCUUGCAGUGUGCUACACAACUUGGCCAUCAGACAGGGCAUCCCCCUGCAGGAACCCCCAAGACCAGACAGCCCUAUGCCCGAUGCAGUGCCCCUGCCACCUCUUAAUGCCGCUGGCAUUCAGACAAGACAGAGGAUCAUACAGACAUUUUAACACCGCCUCACUCAGCACUCUUGGCGCACGGCGCAUGGAAGGGGCAAUGGAUGGGCCCAGCUCCUCAAGCUCCUCAGGCACAACGGGUGUCGCUAUUAAAGGACAAACAUGUUC